AUGAAUUGGAAAAUUUUAGGGGACUUUAUUUGUUUAAUUAUCCAAACAAACUUAUCAACUUCCCUUAAUAAUUAGUAUUUUACUAGUUUUCAAAUUACAUUUUAUUACCUACAAUUAACUUACUUUUUAGUUAGUGAAAAUCAAGAAUAUGUUUAUCGUUUGAUUAAUACUUUAUCAAAGAUCAGUUUAAUUACUCCUUUAUUUAUAGAUUCAUAUUCUAUAAACUUACUGAUUGGAGCAAUCAUAAUUAUGUUUAAUAUCGUACCUUAUAUCAUAAUAAUAUACAGAAAAAUAACCAAUAGAAAUCAUAACAUUUCUAAAAGCCUUUUACAAGUAAUAAUAUAAAAUAAUAUCAAAGAUCUCAACAAAGAUUGUCAAUUAUUAUUUUCUUUAUUUUCCAUGGUUUUUGUAUUUACCUUAACUUUCCUACGUUGGUUGGAAUUACAUCUAUUCUAGUGCUACUCCAGUAAUUCUAGCUUCGGUAGUGCUAAUACUCACAAUUUUUAGUCUAAUCAUUUCAAAUGUGUAUUUUGUUAAUUUUGAAUUUAAUGAACAACAUUUAAGAAAGCAUUUCUCUUAUAGUGAUUUAAUGGCAUAAUUAUUAAUGAUACCAAUGGCUCUCUUAUAUGUAAAUAAUGAUCAAACAACCCAACUUAUUAGUAGGACCUUGCAUGGCUUAAUUUUAAUCAUUUAGAUCUAUGAUGCUUAUUUUUCAUUGCCCUUAGGGUAAAAUUAAAUUAAUCUUUAGAUUCUCCUCAUCAGGUUUCACAUUAAACCGAGCCUUGAUGACACAUACUGUAAUUUUUACAUUCUCAUCAAUUAAAGCUCUUAAUACUGUUAGUCCUUAUAGCUUAGCCACAAUUAUGUUGAUUAUGCAACCUAUAGUCUAAUAUUUGUUUUAAAUUCUUUUUGAGAGUAAGAGAUCAAAUGUCUAUAUAUCUAGCAAUAUAAAUAGAAAUUAAUAUUAUGACUUACUUUAUAUAGAAGAUUUUUUUGAAUUAAGCUAGUUAGCUUAGAAAAACAAAUAAAAAGAAAUUGAGUUUAUUUAAAAAUUAGCUUUGCAUAUGAAUAGAUGUAAUUCAACUAAAUGUUAAUGUCAUAAGAUAGGAGCUUAAAAAAUUUUGUAAUUUAAUUAAGUAAUAUUGAUGAUUUCUUGUUUAUUUAAAGGUAGUUUUGAAAAAUAUAAGCAAACUUAAUUAAAUUUAAGAGUAUUUGAAACUUUUAGCCUUAAAUUUCUUACAUUUAUUAAUAAAUACAAGCAUAAUGCUCCAAAAAGUUAUUAAGAGUUAAAGAUUUUAUUUUAAAAAAAAAGAGAUUACUCAUUUUAUUUUAUUUAAAUGUGUCUUGUUCUGCAAUAAAUUUUACAGGCUGAAUUACGAAAAGAUGAGGAUUAUAAUAUGAAUAAGGACACAAGAGUAUCUAAUGUGAAAUUAUAAGUAAGCAAGAGUGAACAUAGUAUAGUAUAAGAUUUAUAUUAAAUGGAAUAAGUUAAGAACAAUAUUAUUCCAUUAUUAUUGUAAAUAAGUCAAUUUAAAUAAUAAUUUUGGAAAUCUUUUAAGGAGGGCAAAUUUUCAGAAUAUUCUUAAAUUGAAUAAGAAAUUAGAAAAUUAUAAUAAUUGCGAGAUGAAGUGAUACUUUAGUUUAAUGUAUAUUAGCCAAUAUUUUAUCAUAACGGUAGAACCUACAAUGUUUAAUUUUUAAAGUUUAAUGCUUUAAUUAAUCUCCUGUUAUUUAAUAAUUUAAGAAAGUAUUUUGAAAUGGAAAAAGGUAAAUAAUGAAUUUAAAAUUUAAUAGAACGAAAGGAAAUCUUAUAGUUUGAAAAAAGCAUGAAUUCAUUUGAAAUAACAAAUAUUAAUUUUUUUAAGGGAGAAGCCAUCUCUGUGAAAGUCUGUAUAGCAUUUGGACCAAAUAUUGGAAAAGUGAUGAAUAAGGUGAUUUCACCAUUGAUUCCAAAAUUCUUUGGAUUUGGUCAUUUCCAGCAUCCUCUAAAUUCUUUUAUAGAUUAUACAAAAGGAAAUAUUAAUUAAUUAAUGCCAGCUUGGUUAGAACCAGUUCAUGAUGAAAUGAUGUAAAAUUAUAUUAGAAGAGGAGUAACUGCUAGAAUUGGUAAGUAUUUUCAGACAUUUGCUAAGCUUUAUGAUAAAACAUUAAUAAAGUGUCAAGUUUAUUUAGCUCAUAAUUUCAGUUAAGAAUUAGAAGAUGAUUUUACAAUGAUUGGAUGUUUAAAAUCAUUAGAAGAAGAAUAACCAAAAUUUAUAGGUGAAGAUGGUAAAAGAUUGAAAAAUGUUGCAUUCAAAGGGUAUUAACAUAUUUUAUUUGAUGUAAAUGGAAACAUUUUGGGAAUAACUAGAGGUUUAUAUAAGAUGAUUGAGAAAAUGUAGAGAUUAGUUGUUAAUAAAGGAACAUAUCAUGAAAUAGAUGAAUAGAAAUAAAGUAGUAAAACAUCAAAAUCUGAUAAUUCAUCUUGUGAAUCUGAGAGGUAAAUAUAAGUAAUAUUAUUAGUUAUAAUGCAUUUGAUUAAAAAUGGUCAAAUAUUGAAUUAUUAAUUGAUGAUUUUUAUAGUAAAGUUUUAAUUUGGAUGAUUUUACCAUUUAUAUCUAGAGAAAUAGAAUCAACUGGAAUAGAAUUCUUGAUGAAUGGAUAAAUUCCUCCGAAAAAUCGUUAUCAAAAUUUGAUGGAUUUAGAAAUUAGUAAUAUCUUAGUUCAAAAUAAAGAAACAUUUUUAUUUAUUCCUGAAGAUAUUAAUUUAUUUAUUUAAUAAUACGAUAAAAUACUUUAAAAAAUUAUUGAUGAUGUAAGAGUUUAAUCAAAUAAUUUUUCAUCAGGAAGUGCUUAUAAAGCCUAAAAAAGUGAUUAUCAAGAAAUUGAGCAAUUUAAUGCAAUUACUAUCUUCAAUGAGAGAUUAUGUGUAUUUUUUUUUGAUGAACAUCUCAAAAGACAUUAAACUUUUAGUUUUGCUUAAACAAGAUAAUCUGAAAUGUUAAAAACUUAAGCCAAACCAUCCUCUAGAUCAUCAAUAUAAGAAAAGUAAUCAUCUAAUGAUGAAAGUUAAGAGGAUAGUGAGUAAUUAAAAACAAGAGCAGAAAGAAUCUAUUAAGAUAGAUAUUCAAGAUACAUUGAAAGAUUUUCACCACAAGAUUUUCAUCCUAUUCCAGUUAUGUAUUCAGUUAGUUAUGAAGAAUUUCGUUAUCGAAAAAAUGAAGCUGAUUAGAAAUAAUAAAUAUUUGUUGUUGAAUUAGUAGUUAAUGAAUAAUAAUUAUUAAAUACAGAAAAAGGUUAUAGAAGACAAUUGAGAGAUACAAUCAAGUAAAUUUACUAAAAUCAUUAAUAAAAAAAAUAACUUUUAGAAUAAUAAACUGAUGAAGAAGAUUCAAUAAGUGUCUAAGCUAAUUUUAGUGAGUAAAAGAGUUUUCAAGAUUAAGAAAUUGUAAAAUAUUAAUUUCCUUCUCAUCCUUCUCAUUAUAUUGAUGAUGCAUAUCAAGUUGAUAAUAAAGAAGUUUUAAUUACUGAUUAAAUUUACAGUCCUAAGUAAGUCGAAAAAGGUGAAUUAUUUUUAUUAAGUAACAGAUCUAAACAGAGUAAACCUUUAUUAGAAAUUAAUGGCAGAAACAGUAAAGACAUAAAUAGAAAAAGUUAAGCUUCAAUAUAAUCAGAACAUAGUGUUGGAGAUGCUUAAUUAAAAAGUUCUAAACUUAAUAUUACAGAAAAAGAAAUAGCUCAAAGUGUAUUUAUUAAAUUUAGUUAAAGAAAAAAAUAAUAAGAAUUUUAUAAUGAAAAUGAAUCUAAAUUACCUUAAGAAAGCAAACAUUCCUAAUAAUAAAUAUUUGAAGAAUAUUAAGUUAAAUAUACUGAAAAUUUAAAAUUGUUUGAAACUUAAUAUAAUUUAGUUUAAACUUAACUAGAUUUGAUAAGCAAUCCAUAUUCAUAUCGAUUAUAAAAAUAUUUAUUUUCAGCUACUUUUAUUUUGAUAGUUUCUUAUAUCAUACUUAUUUCAAUAUUCACUCAAGGAUAGUAUAAUUUAAAUUCAUGCCUUAAUUUAAUUGAAUUAAUGAUUACUACUUAAACUUCAUUUUCAUAAAUUACACAUAGUCUCUUUAGAAUUGAAAUUUCAAAUCAAUUAUCAAUUCAAGAUAUGGAAAAUUUAAAAAUUUUUUAUAGUAAAUAAUUUUUUGGUUAACUCUAAGAUUUAAUCAACUUAUAAAGUAAUUAUUCAAUAGAAAUAAAUCAAGCUAAUUAAAAUGUUGAUAAAUUUUAUGAUAUUGAAAACAAUAUUUAAAAAAGUACAUCCUUAUAAGUAGUAAUAUAAUUAAGUCUUGGAUAAUACUAUAAACUCAGACGUGAUAAUAGCAAAGGUUUAUUCUAAAUUGAUUCCUCUCUUACAUUUGCAUCAAUUGCUAAUCUCAAAGAAGUUGGAUAACUUCCUUAAAAAGCAUAUGAUUUUUGUUAUUAAAGAAAUCUCAAUGAUCAAAAAUAUUCUGAAACUAUUUUAAUUGUUUAUAUGGUUGUUACAUUUAUUUUGGUAAUGGUUUUAUAGUUUACUUAAAUUCCUCUUAUUGGAAAAUUAAGAAGAAAUCAUAGAACUCUUUAUAAAGAAAUAAUUAAUCUACAACCUUCAGAGGUCAACGAUGAAAUUGAAAUCUACGAUGCUGUAGUCAAUAUAUUUAAAAAAUCUAUUUAUGAGUGGAUGUUAAUAGAUUUUGUAUAAGAAACAUAAAUUUUUGAAAUAAAUAAACAACGAAGAUCUAUUGCUCAGACUCCUGGAUUAUAAAAAAUAAAUAGUUCUAAUCUUGGAAUUGCUACUAAUUCUAAUAAAAAAAGUAAAAAUAAAUUAAUGGAAAAAUUAAAAAAAUCUAAAAUGAAUCAAAAUAAAUAUAUCACAAUAUUAAUGGUUGGACUCCUUGUUAUCCUAGCAUAUUUCCUUAUUGUCUUUCUUAUAAUUUUUAUGCUAUCAAAAGACAUUAUUUCCAAUAUUGAUGCCUUAUUUUAAUCCAAGUUAGCUCAGUCUUCAAUAAUCAAUUUAAUUAAUAAUGUCGAUUUAUUAGCUUAUUCGACCCUAUAAAAUAGUAUUUAUCAAAAUAUUAUGAAUAUCUCUUAAUUUUAAACCUAUUCUGCAGUUCUUAAUGAUAAUUCAACUUAUUUCUUUUUUGAAAACUAUCAAAACCAAUUGCUAUCAACUUUCAUUGACUAAUCAUUGUAUAAUAACUUUAAAAUUUUACAUGAAGAGAACAUUUGUAAUUAGCAAAUAGGAAUCGAUUGUUCAUUAACUGAUGCAAUUUAAUUAAAUCCUGGAAUUAUUCCUCAUUAUGAAUAAGGUAUGAAAUCUCUUCUAACCCAAAUCAGUACUAUUAUAGCCCAAAAUCCAUAAUUUUUUGAUGCUCAUCCAAUUGUAAAUACUGAAUAAAGCUUAAUAGAUUUUUACAAUAAUUAAUAGCAUAUUCUUUUUAUUGAUUAUGGAAGUGAAAUAUUAAUCAAAGCUUAUUAACAACUUUUAAGCAUUGAAAAAGAUUUAUUUAAUUAACUUUUAGACUUAUAUAAAAGAUUGUCGCUCAUUUUUACAUUAAGCGUUGGCUUAUUUGGAUUGAUAAUUAUUUCUUUAUUAGGAAAAUAUUUGCUUAAGAUGUAAAAAGAUUCAAUAGAUACAUGCUUAACAGCUGUAUUACUUGUAUCUCCUAAAAGAUACUUGAGUAAAUAAUUAGGUUUGGUCAUCUAAAAAAAACUAUGA